GUACUGGAAUUAGAUCAUAAUUCAAUCGAUUCAAAUGCAGUUCCUUCCUGCCUAGUCUACCAUUUAGUAAUAGUAAUUUCUAAUGUUCUCGGGUGUAAUCAGUAACAAUCAAACGGCGAUAUUGUAUACAUCGUUGCUUGCAGUAGCGAACAUCGCAUCUACAAAUGUACAAUAAGUAAUCGUCAUCAUUUCGCCGCUGUAUUUUCCUUGCGCGUUAUAAUUUGUGAUAAGAUAAGCAGUAUUUUCUGCCACACUGAGGCAGAAAACGCACGAGUGUUAGAGCCAUGAAUCGGGCAUCUUUCAUACGUGUCGUUUGAUCAUACAGCAUUUGCCAUUUAGAUUGUCCAGCUUAUUGACUGAAUUUCUUUUCACCGUCGCAAGCGAAGUUAUGUCCCUCACAAUUUUGGUAACCGGCGGUGCUGGAUUUGUAGGUUCUCACACAGUGCUUGAACUUUUGAAUGCCGGUCAUGAAGUCAUCUGCGUUGAUAAUUUGUGCAAUGCCUUCGGGGCGUCCAACUCUAAAUUGCCAGAAUCAUUGAAACGAGUAGAAGAGCUCGCAGGGAAAAGUGUACUCUUCUAUGAUGUGGACAUCCGUAAUAGAGACGGCAUGCGAGGGGUUUUCAAGAAGCAUAAAAUUGAUUGCGUGGCUCAUUUCGCUGCGUUGAAAGCGGUUGGCGAAUCGUGUCGGAUACCACUGCAAUACUAUCAAAACAACAUCACCGGCACGAGCAUUUUACUAGAGGUCAUGGAAGAGAACAACGUAUUCAACUUUGUUUACAGCUCCAGUGCCACUGUUUACGGUGAACCUCAGAAACUCCCGUUGGAUGAGAAUCAUCAUACGGGAAACUGCACCAAUCCAUACGGUAAAAGCAAAUACUUCACGGAGGAGAUACUGAAAGAUCUCUGCCAGUCUGAUGCGCGGUGGACAGUCAUAUCACUGCGUUAUUUCAACCCGGUUGGAGCGCACAAAUCCGGACGCAUCGGUGAGGAUCCCAACGGAGAACCAAACAACCUGAUGCCUUACAUCUCUCAGGUGGCCGUUGGUCGACGUUUGUGUUUGAAGGUAUUUGGUGACAAUUACGACACACCGGACGGGACGGGCGUUCGCGAUUAUAUACACAUUGUGGAUUUAGCCGAAGGGCAUGUUAGUGCCAUCCAAAAAUUGGUCAGUGGUGAGUUAAACGGGUUUGUUGUAUAUAAUCUGGGCACGGGCCGGGGGUACUCGGUGCUAGAGGUGGUGGAUGCAUUUUCUAAGGCUUCUGGCAAGGAUAUUAAAUUCGAAAUUGUCGAUAGGCGACCUGGUGACGUAGCAAUCAGCUACGCUGAUGUGUCUUUGGCUGCCAAAGUUCUUGGUUGGACAGCAAAGCGAGGGCUGAAAGAAAUGUGCGAGGAUACGUGGAAUUGGCAAAGAUCGAAUCCGAAUGGGUUUGCUGGGUCUAAUUAAAAUUACACGGGUACGGUAACAGUAUAAGAUUUUAUGAAUUAUUUAAAACCUAUGCUUUUAUUUGAGACAUUUUUUCACCUUCAAAUCUUUAAUAGAAAAUUUAGUUAAUAAAAUAGCGCACUUAUAUCUAAAUGCUAUGGUACCAAAUAAAUCAAUGUUAUGUCAUCUACUGCA